AUGAGAGUAUUCGUAAUGAGUUUAUUCGUUGUUUUGCUGGUCGCUAUGUUUUGCAGUGGCUCGCCAAUCUUGAAGUCCAUAGUCUCACCUACACCAAGUUCUAUUCCUCCCAGAAAUGUUGCUGCUGUGAAUUCUCAUCAACAAACAGCCAAUUGUAAUGGUUUUCCGUUUCCGAAUCCACCGAGAAACAGAACAAACUAG